AUGCACCAACUAAGCCAAUUUAUCUCAAACCCUAGCACAGAACAUCAACAAGCAGCUUCCAAGAUUCUUAGAUACAUUAAAGGUGCUCCUGGAAAAGGGAUUUUCUUUCCCAGCAAUAACAUCAUACAAUUGAAAGGCUUUAGUGACUCUAAUUGGGCAGGCUGUAUUGAUACCAGACAAAGUAUCACUUGUUACUCUAUCUACCUUGGCUCUUCACUUAUUUCAUGGAAAUCGAAGAAACAAGCCACUGUAUCCAAAAGUUCCUCAGAAGCUGGAUAUAGAGCCCUUGCUACAGCCACUAGCAAAAUUCAAUGGUUAACUUUUCUUCUACAGGAUCUUCAAUUAGCUGACAUCUACACAAAAGGACUACCUCUAGCAGCUUUCAAAUUUAUGGUUUCCAUGCUGGGAAUGAUUAACAUUCAUUCUCCAGCUUGA